CAACAACCAAGGCCGCUCCGGCCGCCACCCGUGGUCCGCUUAUGGAGAGUCCUCACGGCGGCUCCCUCGGAGAAGGCGGCGCCCUCUCGCCGUCGCCGGAGGCAGUGGGGAUGCUGCACGAGAUGGCGCUCCGGGACAGCCAGCAGGGGGAGGAGCCCGAUCUGCCCGACGAGCAGCUGCGCUCCAACGACCAGCUCCAGCAAGACGAGAUGCUGGCACUGGAGGCAAUUUAUGGAGACAAUUUAAACAUUCUUGGUGAAAAUUCUGUACCACGGUAUUUCCAGAUCUAUGUAUAUUGCGAAAUUCCAGAUGGUAUCAGUGUGUCCGUGGAACUCCCGGGUGUUGAUGAUUACCCAACCAAAUUCAGUGUCGAGCACUUGGCUCCAAUAUCACUGGCAUGCCUUAUGCCUCCAUCUUACCCGAGCCAUCAUUCUCCAUACUUUACUCUCGCAGUACAAUGGUUGGAUAAUGUGAAGAUUUCCUCCCUCUGUGACAUGCUCGACUCGCUCUGGGCGCAGCAACCUGGACAAGAAGUUAUUUUUGAGUGGGUGCAAUGGCUGCAGAGCUCUACGCUCUCUCAUUUUGGUUUUGAUGAUGGAAUAGUAAUACGGGAUUCUGAAAGUAUGAUGGAUCAUGUGGAUGUUCGCGUUGUUGGAGAGAUUCUGUCUGUAGAGGAUGUUGUUCAGCAGUUGAUCAACUACAAUGAAGAGCAAUGCCAAGAAUCUUUUCUUCAGGGCUUUCAUGUUUGCGUGAUCUGUUUCAGUGAGUACAAAGGCAUCGACUUCAUUAAACUUCCAUGCGGUCAUUAUUUUUGCCGGAAUUGUAUGGAGACAUACUCACAGAUGCAUGUGAAGGAAGGAUCAGUCAUGAAAAUUGUGUGCCCUGAUGACAAAUGCGGAGGGUUUGUUCCUCCUAAUCUACUGAAGAGGCUGCUAGGAGAGGCAGAUUUUGAACGGUGGGAAAGAUUGUUACUUGAAAGGACUCUAGACGCAAUGGCUGAUGUAGCCUACUGUCCAAGAUGUCAGACAGCUUGCCUGGAAGAUGAGGACAACGCCCAGUGCCCCAAGUGCCUCUUCAGCUUCUGCACCCGCUGCAGAGAUCGUCGUCACAUAGGGGAGAGAUGCCUUACUCCAGAGAAAAAGCUAUUUUUUUUACAGGAACGUGAAAAGGUACGCCACUUAAACAAAGGCGAUACUGGACCUAGUAAAUUGGUGGAUGAAAUAUCUAGUAUCAAGGAAAUACUUCGUUCUUGUGUUCCAUGUCCGCAUUGUGGUACCGGCAUCACACGUGUGUCAGGCUGCAACCACAUGCUUUGUAAGAACUGUGGUAAGUUGUUCUGCUAUGGCUGUGGCAAGCCACUAACUCCUGCUCAUACAAGUGAACAAUGCAGAAUCGAUUAUGAGAAGCGGACAGCGAAGGUGGAUUUGGUUGAUGCUAUCAAAGAGCUACAGAAAAAACUGAAAGUGGGAGGAUACAAACCGCAUCCAUGCCCGAAUUGCCACCUGAUAACUUACAAGCUGGGAAACAACAACCAUGUCUUCUGCGAGGGAUGCCAGGUUCAUCAUUGUGCUCUGUGCCGGAAGGUGGUGCGUAAGAGCUCGGAGCACUAUGGCCCUCGAGGGUGCAAGCAGCACACUGCUGACCCCGAGAUCACUCGGAUUAGACCAAAGAAGAACGAUGACUCUCAAUCAGAAUCCUUGUGAGGAUAUCAUAGGGCGAGAAUUGGUUUCGGCUACGGUGAAGCCUUUCCUCAUUUAGAAGAACAGGUUUAUUCCCGUGCCGUUACAAGUAUAUAUACAGUUUCAAUUUUAAAAUAGCAAUAGUUGCGCCAGCAGUUUCAAUUUUACCGAGCAUGUCAUCGAUGAUUAGUGAAUCUCUGAACCCUGAUAAUCAUUCUAUUUUUAUGUUAAGUAACAUCAGUUCCGUAAAAGGCCUUUGUAACUGCAAAGUUUGCUGGAUUCAGUAUACCAUAAUGUUUCAGGCUACACUUAUUUAUUGUUUUUGUUUGGAAAAAAUAAGUAUACGUUGCUUCCUUUUGUGCGCUCACACAUCUGAAGUACUUGAUCUCUGGACAGUAAACUUCGUCUUGGCAUUGCGCUAUUGCUGCCCGUCCAUUGGAACAAGAUCGUCCUCUGCCUAACUGCUAGCACCCCCAGCACUUCUGCUCAAUGAAAGCGUAUUUUACACAUCAGUAACUUGUUGGUAUGAUCUAGUACCUCUUUUUACCUGUGGUAUGAUCUAGUACUACUGAGACCCGCCAUGCUAGGCCAGCAAUAGCGCAAGCGACAGGGAGGUAACCCUAGCUGCCGCCGCUGGGCCUCUUCCCUCUCCUUUCCUCCUUCUCCCUCGCCUCCGUCAAGGGGCUAGGCUAGGCUAGGCGAAGCCUGGUCGGGCCGGUGGCAAUGGGAUCUCUCGCCCCUUGUUGGGUGAGCACAUCUAGAUGUGUCAUAAGUAUUGCACAUCUAAGAGCAUCUCUAGCAGACUUCGUAUAAUGCCUCAACCCGUAAAAUAACCGCCAAAAUACGAUGACUUCGUAAAUUUCAAGAUGAUAUGCCGGCUCAGUUUUUCGGAGGUGCUCAUAGGGAUAGGGUGUGCGUGUGUGUUCAUAGGGGUGAGUGUAUGCGCGUGUAUAUGAGUGCUUGUGUAUGUUGUACUGAUGUUAAA